AUGAGCAUCUGGAGGGACCCUUGGAUUCCUCAUCUAAAAGGUUUUACCCCGAAACCUAAAGGAGGGGUAAUAACCAAUGAUCAAUAUGUUGCUGACCUACUACUUGCAAAUGGUGAUUGGGAGAUCCCAAAGCUAAAUGGCCUGUUUGAUAACGAAACGGUGACUGCAAUAGUUAAAGGUGGUAAACCCUUCGGCAUUGGGGAAGAUAGAUGGGUUUGGACUCUGGAAAAAAAUGGACAAUUCUCAAGCAAAUCGGCUUAUCUGUCUCAAGCCCUGGCUAGGGCUCAUCAAUGUGAGGUAGCUCCGUCACUAUGGAACAAAUUGUGGAAUAGUAAAAUUUUGGAAAGGCAAAAGAUCCUAUGGUGGUGCAUCCUUUCUAAUGCGCUCCCUAUUGGAUCUGUAAUUGGUAGACGGUUCCACAUUAAGGAAACUUGCUGCCCUCUUUGUGGAUUAGGGGAGGAAUCCAUGGAACAUCUGUUCUUGUCUUGCGAGGUGGCGAUGCAUUUAUGGCGAUCUUCACCUUGGGGCAUCUAUCCUGUCUGUAAUAACGGGAUUCGGGUUUGGGACUGGGUCAAGUUUAUAUGGAAUCUCAAGUCUAGGGGGAUCCAUGUGGAAGCAGUUUUCCUGUAUGCGUCGAUUGUUGUUGAAACUAUCUGGAGAGUGCGAAAUGAUUUAAUUCAUAACAAUUCUCGUCUGAAUGUUAUGAAAUGUAUUGACCAGAUUUGUAAUUCUUAUGCAGAGCUUCAUGAUACUUUCUUGCCUUCCCCUGCACCAUCUUUGAGUGAGACCUGGAGGGCGCCUCCUCAGGAAUGGGUUAAACUGAAUUGUGAUGUCAGGGUGGGCUUAGACAGUAUGUGUACAGCGGUGGUAGCUAGAAACCAUCUGGGUAAGGUGGUUCGAGUUUACACGGCUAGGUUGGAUUUCUCGGAUGCUCUAUGUGGAGAAGCAGCGGCUUGUUGUGCAGCGGUUUCGAUGGCUCUGGAGGCUAAUUUUCAGUUUGUUUUGGUGGAGAGUGACUCGAGAGUAGUCAUCAACGCUUUAAAUGGGAUGGAGUCUCAUUGGGCGAUUGAGAACUAUAUCUCCUUUUGUACUAAGUCAUCUCCCUCUUUUAUUUGUUGUAACUUUGUGUAUGCUCGUAGAACUUGUAAUUUUGUGGCCCAUAAUGUAGCUAAUUGGGCUUUUGUUAACAAGUUGUAUGGUAUUAUUCCGGUUUCUUCGAUACCGGAGAACCUUUUAUGUAAUGACCAGGAGGUCUAA